CCGAUCAAUUAUUCUAUUUUUUCCCCAAAAACAUUUGGAGGAGUUCUAUGGCUUCCAGGUUUUGCUUGAGAUUUAGAUCUCGUUUUUAUAGCACUCUCUCGCAAUUCUCCGUCCACCGCGGCUCCCCCUUUAUCGCCAUUCCCGAAUCUCUAUUAAUUACUUCUCCUUCACCUAAUCUCCGUGUUAUUCCUGUCGAAUUUCCCUUCUCAAGUGCUGGAAUCCGGUAUCUAUCGACCCUCAGUCGCCAACCAGUUCGUAAACGAACCGUUGACAUCGGUGCCAGAGCUCGUCAGCUUCAGAACCGCCGCCUCUGGACUUACGCUCUCACCUUCAGUUGCAUAGCCGGAUUCAUUGUAAUCGUCUUGAACAAUUUCCAGGACCAAUUGGUGUUCUAUGUCACCCCUACUGAUGCCAUGGAGAAGUAUUCGAUAAACCCUUCGAAGAACAAGUUCAGGUUAGGUGGGUUGGUUCUCGAGGGGAGCGUGACUCAGCCCGCUUCGUCUCCUGAGAUGGAGUUUGUGGUCACAGAUUUGAUCACUGAUAUCUUGGUCCGGUACCAGGGUUCGCUCCCUGAUUUGUUUAGAGAAGGGCACUCUGUGGUUGUUGAGGGAUUCGUUCGUCCAUUCGGGGAGGAGCCUAAGGAAAAGUUGGCAUCGACAGGGAGGCGUGUGUCUGCCAAGGCCCUUAGUGGAGAUUGUUACUUUGCGGCAACUGAGGUUCUCGCGAAGCACGAUGAGAAGUAUAUGCCACAAGAGGUUGCCGCGGCGAUAGAGAAGAAUAAAGCCAAAAUUGAGGCCAAGGCCGAGGCCGAGGCAGAGGCCGAGCAAGGAAGAGUCAGAGUAACUUGAUUCUGGGCAACGGUAUGCAAACGACUCUUUCUGCAGUAUUUAGCUGCUAUGUUAUACUUACUACAUAGCAAUGGAUGAUCAGAUGGUUGAUGGUAUUGGUGGGGCUAUUAUAGUCUUAGACGACAGUAUAUAUUUAUUGGAGAGGAGAAGCAUGGUAUUCUAUCAAUGAGUUUUGUUUUUCAUUUUUGUUCUUGUAAUGCGGCAGUUAUCUCUCCUCAAUUCUUUUUUGGAUUGGACAAAACAAGGAAGACAAUGUGAGACUAGUUUAUAAUGAAUAAGAAGAUGUUCUCAGAUGGAAUUU